UUCUCCCUUUUUCUGUCGCCCGUAUCUUGUCUCUCGCCGCUGGCGAUAUAGAGCAAAAUGGUUUACAUUCGAACGUACAAGCUUCCAAACCUCAAGGAGUACAAAUACUCCGGCGUGGAUCAUUCCCUUGUGUCGCGCUAUGUUUUGAAGCCAUUCUACACCAAUGUCGCGAUCAAACUCUUUCCCAUGUCCAUGGCGCCCAAUGCCAUCACCCUGACCGGCUUCAGCUUCGUGGUCAUGAAUUUCUUGACCAUGCUCUGGUAUAAUCCGACGCUCGAUCAGGACUGUCCUUCAUGGGUAUAUUAUACUUGGGCUGUCGGUCUCUUUCUGUACCAGACAUUCGACGCAUGCGACGGCCAACAAGCACGGAGAACUCGUCAAAGCGGGCCAUUGGGAGAAUUAUUCGAUCAUGGCGUCGAUGCUUGCAAUACCUUCCUUGAAGUGCUCCUCUUCGCUGCGGCCAUGAACCUCGGACAAGGCUGGAAGACCGUCUUGACCCUCUUUGCCUCUCUCCUCACCUUCUAUAUCCAAACCUGGGACGAGUACCACACGCACACCCUCACGCUUGGCCUCGUAUCUGGCCCCGUCGAAGGGAUCUUGACCCUCUGCAUCGUCUUCGCAAUCACUGGACUCAAAGGGGGCGCAAGCUUUUGGCAGCAGUCUAUGCUCCAAACUGUCGGAGUUCCCAAAUUUGACUUUAUCCCGGACACAAUCUACGACCUCCACUUUAACGAAUGGUACAUGGUGUAUGGUGGAAUCGUUCUAGUGUUUAAUACCAUUCAAAGCGCUCUGAGCGUCAUGAAGGCCCGUCGUGCCCGCAACGAGCCUGUUAAGCCUGCUUUGCUUGGCCUGGCUCCCUUCUUUAUCACCUGGACCUUGACCGCGGCGUAUCUCUAUCUCCAGCCUGUAAUCCUUAACCACCACCUCAUCCCGUUCGUCUUCUUUGUCGGCCUCGUCAACGCGUACUCCGUGGGACAAAUGAUUGUCGCACACCUGUGCAAGGCUCGAUUCCCCUACCAAAACAUCAUCGCGGCGCCGCUCCUCUUUGGUGUCAUUGACAGCCUUGGUCCGUGGCUGUACGAUCAUAUCGGCAGGGGCUGGCCCAGCGCAUUAGGCAGCGACGUGUACCAAGUCGCAUUUGUCUUUUUGUGCUUGGGUCUGAGCAUUGGUGUCUAUGGUAGUUUUGUGAUUGACGUCAUCUUCGCCAUCUGCGAUUAUCUCGACAUUUGGUGCCUCACAAUCAAGCACCCGUACGUGGAAAAGGACGAGGACAAGAAGAAGGCAUAGAAACGGUAAAUUGUCGGUUUUUGUUGUUGCGGCAUUAAGAGGUAUAUACUAUAUUGUAAUAGACACUAUCAGAAGAUCCUUCCAAGCGCAAAUGAAACAUAGCGUUGAAAAGAAUAUGAUGGACCAUUUU